GAGACGGCGCAUUCCCGCCGGCGUGGCAUUUAAAGCUCAUCUCUCAUCCCGAGCACAAGACCGACCAGCCAGCGAGCAAGCCCACUGCCGGCACCCCCACAGAUAAGGUCGACAACGAGAAGCCAACAUGGCCACUGAGAAACGACUCUCUGCCAGACGCAAGCACACUCUCAAGAGUUGCAUGCUGGUGGUGGCCAACAACCUCCUGGAGGCGGAGGCUAGCGAGAAAGCCGGCGAGCGCGAGCGGUUCCUGGCAGACAAAUGUCCUCACAUGGACAUUCCCUACUCGGGCGAAGAGCUGCGGGAGCUUUGCAAGCAACUCCGCCAGCAGAUUGACAUCAGCGAGGAGGAACGUUACUCCAUCGAGUUCAAGCUCAACAUGGUCCUCAACGAGGUGCGAGACCUGAACAUCAAGAUCGUGGACCUGAGGGGCAAGUUCAAGAGACCCCGUCUGAAGAAGGUGCGCAUGUCGGCCGACGCCAUGCUGAAGGCGCUGCUGGGCUCCAAACACACCGUCAACAUGGACCUCAGGGCCAACCUCAAGCAGGUCAAGAAGGAGGUCAAGGAGGAGGACAAGCAACUCCGCGACGUUGGCGACUGGCGUAAGAACAUCGAGGACAAGUCGGACAGGAAGAAGAUGUUCGACAGCUAAAAAAACGACGGCACACUUGGGCUUUUUGCUCUUCUCGUUCGAAGUCUCAAGAGUUUUAUCCCAAAACUUGAAAGUGUGAACACCGUCGAGGAAAGUUGGUGCUUUUGUAACGUUGGUAUGGAAGACGGAAAGUUCAAGUAAGCGGUAAGCGAUGGCGUUUUGUUUUCGGUGGUUGUUUGCCAGCACGCUAGCACGCUAGCAAGCUAGCAAGCUAGCGGGUUGUGUUGUGUUUGGAAUAAAACUCUUGUGCUCGAGUCACUUUA